UCCGAAUCUGAGGCAGGCUCAGGGGCUUGGUUCGCCUGCAUCUUAUCCGGCUCCUCCCGCGCUGAACUCAUGUUUUCCUCCUUCACUUGCUCAGCAACCUGCAGCAGGGUCGCUAUUCAUCAGCAAGAAAUAGAAUGGCGGGGCGGCUUCUCUCUUCUCCCUCGGCUUCCUCUCCCUCCAUCCCCCAUGCUCUGCCGCCUCCUUUCGAAGCCCCAUACCAAUUUCGGUCCACGGGGGCGCAUCGUCGCAUGCCUUUCAGAAGCCAGCAGUGAAGGGCAAGAUGAACAGAGGAGCGCAGUUUCCUCUGCAUUGGAAGAAUCCAUGCCGAUUAAGGAUCUCAUCACCGUCGCUGCUUGCGCCGUUGGUCUCCUCACCGGCAUCGGUGUCGUGCUCUUCAAUUAUGCGGUGCAUUACACACGAGACUUAUUUUGGGAUGGAAUACCUUCUCGGGGUGCAUCAUGGUUGAGAGAGGAACCCAUUGCGGAUGUCUGGCCAAGAGUAAUACUGGUACCAUUGUGUGGUGGUUUAAUAGUAAGCAUACUGAACAAGCUACGGGAUUCUCUUGAAGACUCAUCUGAGGGUACUGACACUGUGGCAUCUGCUGUUAAAGGUGCACUAAGACCCUUCUUGAAGACAAUUGCUGCUUCUGUCACCCUUGGAACUGGUAAUUCUUUGGGGCCUGAAGGUCCUAGUGUUGAGAUAGGUUCAUCCGUAGCAAAAGGAAUUAGUCAUGUGUUUGAGUGGAGUGGUGGCAAGAGUUUAUCUCUUGUGGCAGCUGGAUCUGCGGCUGGCAUUUCAUCAGGUUUUAAUGCUGCUGUGGCUGGAUGCUUUUUUGCUGUUGAAUCUGUCCUUUGGCCGAGCUCAACAGAUUCAUUCUCACCUCUUACAAACUCAACAUCAAUGGUGAUACUCAGUUCUGUAAUUGCAUCUGUGAUUUCAGAAGUUGGUCUUGGUUCUGAUCCAGCUUUUAUGGUUCCAGAAUAUGAUUUCCGUUCUCCAAGUGAACUUCCAUUGUAUCUUUUGCUGGGUAUAUUGUGCGGUUUGGUUUCGCUAACCUUGUCUGGAUGCACAUCAUUUGCUCUGGAGAUGGUUGAAAAUUUUCACAAGACUACCAGAAUACCAAAGACUACUUAUCCAGCUUUUGGUGGCAUGGUCGUUGGUCUGAUAGCUUUAGCGUACCCUGAGGUCCUUUACUGGGGCUUUGAGAACGUUGACAUUCUAUUAGAGUCAAGACCUUUUGUGAAUGGCCUCCCUGCUGAUGUCUUGUUUCAGUUAGUUGGGGUAAAAAUCGUGGCAACAUCUUUGAGUCGAGCUUCUGGAUUAGUGGGUGGGUACUAUGCCCCAUCUCUUUUCAUCGGUGCAGCAACGGGCAUGGCAUAUGGAAAAUUUAUGAGCUCUGCACUAUCAGGUCCCAAUCCUUUGUUUCAUCUAUCACUCUUAGAAGUGGCAUCACCUCAAGCAUAUGGUCUGGUGGGAAUGGCUGCUACUCUUGCUGGUGUUUGUCAGGUACCCCUGACAUCAGUUCUGCUUCUGUUUGAGCUAACACAGGACUACCGAAUAGUUCUUCCACUGCUUGGAGCUGUUGGGGUAUCUUCAUGGAUUGUGUCCAGCCAGAAUAAGAAAAAGGAUGUUGGCAAUAGAUUGAGCACUUCUGGAGUUAAAGAGGCUAGUGUCAACCAAAAUAAAGAGUCCAUUUAUCAAGGCCAAGUAUUGGAAGCAUCCACUGAAACAUCAGGUGUAACUGAUUUGUGUCAGAUUGAGAGCUCUCUUUGUGUUUAUGAUUCUGUUGGUGAAAUAAAUCAAUUGGCAGAAAAGCUUACAGUUUCACAAGCUAUAAGAACCAGAUACGUCACUGUCCUGAUGAGCUCUUCAUUAGUUGAAGCAGUCUCUCUCAUGCUAGUUGAGAACCAACCAUGUGCUAUAAUAAUCGAUGCCAAUGGGUUUCUAGUAGGACUUCUAUCACUUGAGGACAUUCAAAACUUCAGUAAAGUUGCAAAGAAAAGAGGCACACAAACUGAGGUUGACAAGAUUCUAGUAUCUCAUGUCUGUCAUUUGGUUGGGAAGAAAUGCCAGGCGUGGGCUGUCACGCCUGACACAACACUUGCUACAGCUGAAAGUAUCAUGAAUUCACAUGGAGUAAAUCAGCUGGCUGUGGUGUCGGAGCAUGCAGAUGGUCAGAAAAAGGGACAAUUGGUUGGUUUAUUGGACAGGGAGAGUAUCAGCAUUGCUUGCCGAGCAGCGGCAACUAAAGAAUCUCUUGGCUUAUUCUCAGAGAACUUAUGAACUCUAAUCGUAUGAUUGAACAUAAUUUCACACUCAAGAGCUUCUUUUAUGUUGACUAAUGUCACACAAAAGAUAGAUUUCGGCAAAUGAUAUAUGGAGACCAAGUCUACCAGGUGGCAAUCUUACUGAGGCCUUACUGAUGUUGGUGGAAUUCACAAGCAGCACUGGCGCAAAUAUAGUUCCAGAGGAAGCUGUGACGUUCACAUUUGAUAAGAUAUUGUGUAUGAAGCAUGUCGAAUACUGAACUUUUCUCAAAAAUCCAUACAAGGGCUUUGUGUCCUUUCAAGAAUUAUUAUAGCUUUGCUAAUCAGAAGAGCCGAGGGUUUAGUUAUGUUGAAGCUCUUGUCAUUCAAAUCAGGAAUGCAGCAAAACUGGUGUCCAUAUAUUUUCCAUGUGAGUAAUUAACAAAGUGUUUCAUUGAUGUAAGUGAGCAGUGCAUGAACUUGAGUUGUUCUGGUUAUACUGAACUAAGAAGAGAAUGUUGUAUGCCAACAGCCUGUCUGCAGAAUGUGUUAUUUCCUACUCUAACAACUCAUUGAUGCUCUAGGUAUGAUGUAGUAUGUAUGUGUA